UUGGCCUUUCGCUUCCUAGAUUGGCUCUCCACCUUUCGCCCUCUCUUUGGCUCCGCCGCGAGUGGCGGAGAGCCACCCACGAAGCCACAUUUCGUCACUUCCAUCGGAGCCUCAAAGCUAAUAUAAUACACUGCAUAUCUGCAUCGCUUUCUCUCUAUAUGCUUUCUCCAGAUUACGUGAUCUACCUUACGCCAUUUCCUUGUUUUUAGUUUAACGCCGAAGGAACUUAUUGCAGGCAUAAUACAUCAUGAUUGAGCAGCCACAACAACCCACUGUUGCUCAGAAGGUAGCUGGUCAGCUCCUUCUCAGAUCAAACCCAACUCAAGAUCUACAAGCAUUUGGGCGUGGUUUCCAGCAGCCAUCUUUGUACCACAGAAGAUUCCAAUAUGGGAACUACACCAGUGCUGCACUGCAAUACCCUGUGUUGCAACCAUGUGGAGGGGCGCAGGACUUGUCCAUGGUUGCCUCAACCAAAUCACCUGUUUUUGUCCAAGCCCCGUCAGAAAAGGGCUUUGCAGGCUUUGCCAUUGAUUUUCUUAUGGGUGGAGUCUCUGCAGCUGUAUCUAAAACUGCAGCUGCCCCAAUUGAACGUGUAAAGCUUUUGAUCCAGAAUCAGGAUGAGAUGAUUAAAGCCGGAAGACUCUCUGAACCAUACAAGGGAAUUGGUGAUUGUUUCAGCCGGACAAUGAAGGACGAAGGGAUGUUUUCAUUGUGGAGAGGGAACACCGCUAAUGUCAUCCGUUAUUUUCCAACUCAGGCCUUGAACUUUGCCUUCAAAGACUACUUCAAGAGGCUUUUCAAUUUUAAGAAAGACAAGGAUGGUUACUGGAAAUGGUUUGCAGGCAACCUGGCAUCUGGAGGCGCAGCCGGUGCUUCCUCCCUGUUCUUCGUCUAUUCACUGGACUAUGCUCGAACCCGUUUGGCAAACGAUUCAAAGGCUGCCAAGAAGGGAGGAGGAAGGCAAUUUAAUGGCUUGGUUGAUGUUUAUAGGAAGACAUUAGCAUCUGAUGGUAUUGCUGGGCUAUACCGCGGAUUUAAUAUCUCAUGUAUUGGUAUUAUUGUCUACCGUGGUCUCUACUUUGGAAUGUAUGAUUCUCUGAAGCCAGUGCUUCUAACUGGAAAGUUGCAGGAUAGUUUCUUUGCUAGCUUUGCCCUUGGUUGGCUCAUCACAAAUGGUGCCGGACUUGCGUCAUAUCCAAUUGACACAGUCCGGAGAAGAAUGAUGAUGACCUCCGGUGAAGCCGUCAAGUACAAGAGUUCCAUGGAUGCUUUCUCCCAGAUCCUGAAGAAUGAGGGUGCCAAGUCUCUCUUCAAGGGUGCCGGUGCAAACAUUCUCCGUGCCAUCGCUGGGGCUGGAGUGCUUGCCGGUUAUGAUAAACUGCAGAUGAUCGUCUUCGGGAAGAAGUAUGGAUCUGGUGGCGCUUAACUUAAGGCUACAUACUUGGUUGCAUAAUUAAGGUUGAUGCUGAUGACAAAAUAUCAAACUUUGCAGAAGCUAACCGGCCAAUUUUCUUCUUCUUCUUCUUCUUCAAUAAGUCAGAGCCCAAUUUUCCAUUUUGAGUCUAUUUUUUCAGUUGCAAGCUAAAUUUUCAAAGCGGCUGAUAAUGGGAAUGUUGUUAAUUAGUUUCAGUUAGGUGAUAGAGAAUAAGAUGUUUCUGGAACUUGUAUUCCAAAUGUGAGAGAGAUAUGAUUCUGUAUGACUCUCGGGGAUAUAUAUAUAUAUAUAUAUAUAAUUAUUUUCAACC